UGUGCCUCCGUAUUAAGUGUUUUGGGUGUUAAAUUCGUUAAAACUAUAUGUGUGCUGGGAUUAUCUUCAAUGGCUUUGGAUGAAAAUUGCUCCAAAAUUAAGCAGAAUCAAAAAGGGCGAGUGCGGGACAGAAAUGCACCACUUAUCCGAGCUUGACAGUGUGUUGGGUAGUUUUGCCACGUACGCUAGGUUGAAAGGACGAUAUGACGAUGACUGGAUUGAUCGACUAAACCAUCUUUACACCACAAUCAUCCUCAUCAUCUUCACUAUCGUCGUCAGUACAAAACAAUAUGUGGGCGAACCCAUCCAUUGUUGGUGCCCAGCACAGUUCGAGGAUAGCCAUGUCGAUUAUACCAAUAACGUGUGCUGGAUAUCAAACACGUAUUACAUACCGUUCGAGCACACAAUACCACAGCACGACGGCCAGAAAAAAGAGAAAGAAAUCGGCUAUUAUCAGUGGGUUCCCAUGAUCCUCCUAUUUCAAGCCUUACUGUUUAAAGUUCCUUGUAUCUUGUGGAGGAUUCUCACGGCGUCAGCUGGUGUGAAUUUGGAUAAAAUUGUUACGCUUGCGGCGGAAACGGCAUAUAUAUCAGCGGAAGAUCGUGAAAGGACGAUCAAACAUAUAGUACGCUACAUGGACCGUUGGUUGGAGAACGCACGUGAAUACAGAUCCGGAUGUUUUAUCCGACUCCGACAACAGAUAUCUAAAUACUGCUGUAUUGUAUGGGGUAAACGCUAUGGCAAUUAUUUAGUUACCAUGUAUAUGUUCAUAAAACUCUUGUAUCUCACCAACGCCGUGGGUCAACUCUUUAUAUUAAAUGAAUUUCUUGGGACCAAUUAUAAUGUUUAUGGUUUCGAAGUUAUGGACCAUUUAGCACGCGGUAUAGACUGGGCAGAUUCGCCUCGCUUUCCCAGAGUGACGCUCUGCGACUUCGAAAUCCGACAAAUGCAAAAUGUCCACGAUUACACUGUGCAAUGUGUGUUGCCUAUAAACCUCUUCAAUGAAAAGAUAUUUAUGUUUAUUUGGUUUUGGUUGGUGUUCGUCUCAACCUUAAGUGCCGGUAACUUUUUGAUCUGGACCUAUACCAUGAUAUUUCGUCAACAUAGGCUACGUUAUCUGAAAAAAUUCCUACGCGUAAACGACUGUUACAAAUCGGAAUUGGAUAAAAAGAUGGCCAUUAAAUUCGGGGAACAAUAUUUGCGUCAGGACGGUAUAUUUGUGUUGCGGCUGGUUGGCAAGAACGCCAAUGACGUCAUGGUCUCAGAGCUCGUGCUUCAGCUAUGGAACUAUUAUCGUAAUAAACCUCUGUUCCGUCAUGCUAACCAGAUUAGUGACGAUAACAGUAAUGUAUGACUAGCCGUGAAAAAAUUUAAAACUGUCCAAUCCUUGUUAAAAAUGUUAAAGAUUGAAUAUGUGGCCCUGGGGCAAAAACCUCCGGAGUUAGAGCACCAAGUCAUACCAGAUAUGGGUAUAGAAUUGGUCGAUUUAGCCGAAAUGACCCGCCAAAACGGGUACGAAAGUGAGGAAGAUUCAAGUCCUGAAACAGAUACGGAAGUGGUACCCGAUACGGAAUUAGAUAGUGAAAACAAAGAAACGUUUGUCUAAAAAAAAAUAAAAACAUGUUUAUCAUUGUUGUACGAUAUUAGCACAGACUUUAAACUUUUCAGGUGUAUAUAAAUUAAUAUCUGUAUAAUAUUUAAAACCAACAGUUUCCUCACUUCUAAUCUUCACCACCAGCACUCAUCAAACAAGCUCCAGAAAGAUACAAAUAUUGCAAAUCUAGCUCUAAUAACUCAAAAAUAAAAACUAAGAUCUAAAAGAAAUUCGAGGUUACCAAAUUGCUCGCCAGACCAUAGUGCCCUUGCAGAGCCCCUAAAGUAAUCGGGUCGUGUUAGCACUGAAAUGAAAUGAAAAGGAUCCCGACCAUGAUAAUGUUCAAGUCAAUGGGGUAACGGAGGGGAUAUUCCAAUCUUUAAACAAAAAAAAAAGUAAAAAAAAAAAUGAAAGGAAAGAUAUAAAUUGAAGACAAACCAAAUUACCUUGUUAAAUCAUCGUAGUUUCUGGUCGUAAUUAACUUACAAAUAAAUCUCUUAAUUAAUAAUUAAUUGAGUGAAUAUAUUAGUAUCAUUAUCGCCAUAUACACACUUUCUUAUACAUCAUUAUCACGCGAAAUAUACCGACCAAUCGGUGAACAUGAACAAGACUCAUAUGUUAAUUAUGAUCAUCAACCAAUGGAAUAAUGUACAAACAUCAAAUGUACCAGAAGCAAACACGUGACCAAAAACAUCUCACGUGACGUCAUGUCCUCCAGCAAUAAGUUUGUUUGUAAAACGAAACCGAAAUGGUCGAAGAUUUAUUUCCAUGACAACACAUGAGUAAAUAACGAGCAUGAACGAGCGAUGUGAUAUGCAUAUAAAAAUCUUCAUCAUUUAAUUGUUGUCAUUAAAGUACUAUUAUUAUCAUUAUAAUAUUUUUUAGAAUAUAUUAACAUUUUCAUGAAUUCUGUAGAAAACGUAGAAAUUUUUAGGGAAUGAGCACGUGAAUCAUAUGCCGCCAUGUUUAUAGCACGUGGGGUAUCAUACAUUAUGCCAAAAAAUAAAACAAGUUAGCUGAUAUGGGGGUAUGUAUGACGUGUGUAGCGCGUGCUGUUAAAAUAAAACGUGGUUUAUUUAAAUCGCUAACGUGUGAUAAUAAUAAUCAAGUGUGUGUGAUAUGAUAUUACAUGAAUCGAGAAUUUAUACCAUGUUGUAAAUCCUUAUAAAAACAAGAAAAAUGUAAAAAUUCCAUUACAUUUCAUAAAUUAAAUUUCUCGAGAUUUUGUUCUUUUAACUUUGAGUAACCAAGGAGCUUCUGACAACUGUGUUUUUAUUCAUAACCUCUUUACUAAACGAACACUUUACUCUGUACUUACGAAUUGGUCAGCAAAAUGUUUUGGAAAAUGAGGAAUAGGUGAGAAAGUCCAUAUGAGACCAACUUUAAAUAGUCAAAUGGUCGCAAAUCGUUGUUUUAAUUUGCGUAAAAUUCCCGAUGUUCAAAACUGAAUUUUUUACUAUUUUUUAAUUCCUCCUUCUGUUGACAGAUGCAUCUAAAAUUGAACAAAACUCGAGUUAGGCAAAAAAAAAAGUUUGUUAUUUCCCUGGGCUUCGGCUUCUUGAAAUGUUAACCAAACACUGCCUUGUUUCUUGCGGUGCUGUGAUACGUACAUUUGUUGUAUUUGUUAUUAACCGUGGCUGUGAGAAAUGGGUAUGGUAUACAUUGAGAGGUUAUGAGUGUUCCACAGAAAUCAGAAGUAUCUAGGCAAAUCAAAAUGUUUAUUUUUUUAGCCAAGGUGUGAAAACCAAAUAUUAGUUUUAGAUUAGAUCAAACAUUUUGAUCUUGUUUUUAAUUAAUUUUAAUAUAUUGAACCAAACUAAUUAACUAUAUGUUUAUUCGCAUCAAUGAUCCUAGUACAAAUAUUGUAUUUAUUUUUUGUUUGUUACGUUUAUUGUUUAUUUAAAAUGAGUUAUGCUAUUUAUAUCUUGCUAGGUAAUUUAUGUGCAUAAUU